UUCACCACCACAGCGGGUACUAAAGCAACGGAGCAAGCAGAAAGAAAGGUAGAGAACAGCAUGUCGUGGAGGCAGUUUCAAUUCUUUGAAACAACACCUAUAAGGGAUCCAAAUCUUGGGACGGACCGCCCGUUGUAUUCUGAUCCUUCGCUCACAGCGGUAUGUGGAUUGGACCAGUACUUGGUGAUAGCAACACACAACUCAACGAUACAACUGAUCGAUAAGAACCUGCAAUUUGUGAAACAGUUUGUGUCUUAUGAAAAAGGAUGGAACGUUACCUUCCUACAUGCGCUACCUUCAGUGAACAUGUUUGCCACGCUUGCAGAGAGGCAAGGCCAACCGGCACAGUUGAAGCUAUGGGACCUUGACAAGGUUAUGGACAAGGACUUGGAUCCACAAGGCUACCAUACAGUGGUUCAUAUAAAGAACGGUUCGAAUGCUUACCCUGUGACGUGCUUGUCAUCAUCAGAGGGAUUCAACAUUGUUUGUGUUGGGUAUGCCAACGGUGUUGUUAUUGUGAUACGUGGUGACCUCCUGAGGGAUCGUGGAUCAAGUCAGACGGCUGCCUUUAAGAACCAGGAUCCAAUAACAAACGUACAGUUGGUACAGGGGAAUAACAAUGACCCGAUAUUAUACGUGACAUCCACGUCAAAGAUUGUUGCAGUGCCAACAACACAGAGCUACAAGCCAGGUUCAGAACUUGUCCUUGACAGUUCAAGAGGCGCAGAUUUGGGUAAUGCCAUAUUGGACGGCGAUAAACUAGUUGUGGCAAAGACGGAUGGAUUGGUGUAUUAUUCUGCAACUGGUGAACCACAUUAUACGGUUCCGUUGGAGAUGCAAAAGAAGCGUAUCUUCAAGUUUGGAAAGAAUAUGUUGAUCGUGACUACAAAUACACAAGAAUCCUCAGGAUUGGUCCUCAAUGGAUAUACAGAACCUACAAAGAUCGUCAUGGCUGAUAUGGAACACAAGUUGUUAGCUAUGGCUCAUACUAUUGCAUCAACUAUUCAGCACAUUUUACUAUUGUGGGAUGAUGUGUACUGUCUCACCUCUGAUGGAGUGCUCUACAGGGUCCACGAACGAGAUGUCAAUUCUCAAAUCGACAUUGUGACAAAGAGAGGACUAUACCCAAUUGCGAUUCAAAUCGCUGAGGGUAAAGUUGAUCAUACAAAGCUCCUAGAGAUCAAGAGAUCAUAUGGUGAUUAUCUUUAUGAAAAGAAUGAAACUACACGGGCAAUGGACCAAUACAUUGAAACAAUUCAACUUGGGAAAACAAGUGAAAUCAUUAGAAUGUACAAAGAUAGCAAAGAAGUUGGAAACCUAUCGAGAUUUCUUGAAAACAUGUUACAAGCUGGUAUGGCUGUGAAAGAGCAUGUCACGUUGUUGUUGUGUACUUAUUGCAAGUUGAAGCAAGUUGAUAAGUUGAACGAAUUUAUCGAAAGAUAUGACAAAGAGACGAACGAUCUUAUGAGAGUGGAAUUUGAUCUUGAUGUUGUUGUGGGGCUUUGCAGAGACACUGGGUUUUUAGAGCAAGCAUCAAAGCUUUCCCAAAACCUCGGCUACCCUCUGUUGGCUGUUGACAUUCUUCUCAGAGACAACAAAGAUGCAUAUUCGGCACUGCAGUACAUCAAGACGUUACCAGUUGAUGAAACUCUUCGAGUAUGCAUACAAUACGCCCGACUCUUAUUGGAGGCUGCACCGAAUGUCACUACAGCGAUGUUGAUAGAAGUCUUUACGGGAAAAUAUAAACCAGAACGAGAGGAGAACAAGGUCAUUAAAGACGAGACACCGGUUUUAUUGCAGAGUUAUACUGCUUUUGUCAAUUACAUGUCCAAAUUAAACUCAAGAGAUGAACCUGACGAGGAUGUUAUUCAAGAUACUUAUCAGCCACCACGUCCGAGGGUGAUCUUCCCAUCUUUCGUCAAUAGACCAAAUGAGUUUGUUAUAUUUUUAGAGGCUUGUGCUCAGAGCUAUGACAAGUUUGAAGGGAACCCCAAGGAUAAGAACGACGUGUUAACUACAUUGUAUGAGUUGUACUUGACGAUUGCGUCUACAAGUGAGAAUACUGAAGAAUGGCACGAAAAGGCACUGAAUUUGGUUAAGAGGAAUGAUCUUAAUUCAAAUACAAUUCUCUUGAUAUCAAACGUUUUUGAGUUUGACCAAGGUGAAAUCAUCGCCAGAGAGGGACCUGGAUUCCAAGUUGAUUUAUUCAGAUCUUACGUGGCUUCAGGCCAAGUAGAGAACUGUAUCAAACUGCUAGACUUACAUGGUAAAGAAGAACCAGAGUUGUGCUCAUUAGCUUUGAUGUUUUACACGUCGAGUGAUGAGGUUUUCCAAAGAGUCGGAGAAAAGAGAUUCAGAGACUUGUUAAGAUGGAUCAAAGAUGACGAGAUAAUGACCCCUCUAGAGUUCAUACAAGCUUUGAGUGUGAACAAGAUAACGACUGUUGAUGUCAUCAAAGACUUCAUAGUGGAGUUUAUGGAAACCGAGAGAAGGGAGAUUGAAAUUAACGAAAAGUUCAUCAAGUCAUACCAGGCCGACAUCGAUACACAACGUGAGAAGAUUCACAAGACUUCCGAAACCUUGACUGUACAACCAACCGUGUGCUCUUCAUGCUCGCAAAAACUACGCGAUGAUACUGUUUAUUUCAGAUGCUCGCACGCGUUCCACAAGAGUUGUCUACCAGAGGAGGUUUGUCCACUCUGUGCCCCUAUGAGGGAAACUCUACGGAACAUCAAAGAGAACCAGAGAGCCAUUGGAGAGCGCAACGAACUUUUCCAAGAAUCAUUAGAAGAGAGCGAAGACAGAUUCAGAGUCGUCACUGACUUCUUUGGUAAAGGUGCAAUGACAAGGAUAUAACAUUGAAAUGAGAUGAGUAUGACGUAAUGUAAAGCUUAUGGUAGAAGCAACAGAACUAAAUAGUAAGGCCACGACCGUCGGACAAACACGCUUUGCUUUUUUUCUUUUUUU